AUGGGUACCGGGAAGAAAGAGGCCACCCGGCGUGUUCGCCAGGGUAAGACCGGCGAUGGCAUGGCCAACGUCCGUACCAAGGGUGAAAACUUCUAUCGCGAUGCGAAGAGAGUCAAACUCCUGAACAUGUACAAAGAGGGAAAGGCCCAGCGUAAUGCCAGUGGUCAAAUCACAAAGGCCGCAACCUGGCAGUCGCGCGACGUGCCCACGGCCGUCAUCGAGCCGAACCGCAAGUGGUUCUCCAACACGCGCGUCGUGUCACAGGAUACGCUCACAGCCUUCCGCGAGGCUAUGGAGGAAAAGGCCAAGGACCCGUACCAGGUGCUCCUCAAGUCCAACAAGCUGCCUAUGACGCUCAUCCGCGACGGCAAGGACACCACCAACGGCAUCAAACAGCACCAGGCCAAAAUGACGCUUGAGACGGCACCUUUUUCCGGUGUCUUUGGCCCCAAGGCCCAGCGCAAGCGCGUCAAGCUCGACGUGGCCAACUGGGACGAUCUUGUUGAGGGCACCGAGAAGAGCAUGGACACAUACGAGGAGCGCCUCGAGCAAGCCAAGCUGCUCAGCGGCGAGUCCGGCAACACCGAGGAGGAUGGUAGCUUUGCCAUGGCCAUUGAGCCCGUUUUUGAUAAGGGACAGAGUAAGCGUAUCUGGAACGAGCUGUACAAGGUCAUCGACUCGUCCGAUGUUGUCAUUCAUGUUUUGGAUGCCCGCGACCCCAUCGGCACCCGUUGCCGCAGCGUGGAAAAGUACUUGCGCGAGGAGGCUCCCCACAAGCAUCUUAUCUUCGUCUUGAAUAAGUGUGAUUUGGUUCCCACAGGCGUUUGCACACUUGGCAGGUUCAUUGCUGACUCUCUACAGGCUGCUUGGGUUAGGCAUCUUGGAAAGGAGUAUCCCACACUGGCUUUCCAUGCCAACAUCAACAACUCUUUUGGCAAGGGCUCUUUGAUCCAGCUUCUCCGCCAGUUCUCCGUUCUUCACUCGGACAGAAAGCAAAUCUCCGUUGGUCUUAUUGGUGGUCCCAACACUGGCAAGUCUUCCAUCAUCAACACUUUGUUGAAGAAGAAGGUCUGCACUGUGGCGCCCAUUCCUGGUGAGACCAAGGUCUGGCAAUACGUUACCCUGAUGAAGCGCAUCUACCUCAUCGACUGCCCUGGUGUCGUCCCCCCCGCAAACAAUGACACUCCCACCGACCUUGUUCUCCGCGGUGUCGUCCGUGUGGAAAAAGUCGACAACCCAGAACAGUAUAUCACAGCCCUUCUGGGCAAGGUCAAGCGUCGUCACAUGGAAAAGACGUAUGACCUCACCAACUGGACUAAUGCCACGGAGUUACUGGAACUUUUGGCCCGCAAGGGUGGUCGGCUCCUCAAGGGUGGUGAGCCUGACCUGGACGGUGUCGCCAAGAUGAUGCUCAACGACUUUAUGCGUGGCAAUAUCCCGUGGUUCACCCCCCCUCCCCUCCUUACUGAAGAAGAUGGCCAAGAGGGUGGCGAGACUCGCAAGGGCCGCCAAGGUCGCCUUGGUGAGAUGCCCAAGAAGCGCACUCAGACGGAAGCCUUUGACAACACUGCCGAGGCUCAGCCCCUGGAGGAGAAGGAGAAGGAAGAAAGCGACGUUGAUGAGGAAGAGUCUUUUGAAGGAUUUGACAGCGACACUGACGGGCCUUCUCGCAAGGCAUCAUUUGGUGCCACGACGGGUGCUGGCACUGACGAAAGCAACGACGAGGAGGAGCCCGUGGCAGAGGAGGCCGAGGAGGAAGUCGAACAGGAGGUUGAGCCCGAACCUCCCGUCCGUGUGACACGCUCCAGCAAGCGGCUCAAGAAGUGA